CGUUUUCAGUCACGUGUGAAACGAACACUGCAUCGACACUUUGCUUCAUGAACAGUUGCAUCCCCUGCCACAUCUUUCAAGUGUAGCCAUGAUGACAGACUCUUCACUCCUCAACUCAGAGUUGGAGUUACAGCAGCAAGAGGAACUGUAUCAACAGUUUCUGUUACAGACGAUGGGAAAGAUGCAAAGUGACAACCCAGAGUUCAAAGUAAUCCAACCACAGCCCGGCAUGUGUGUGAAGACUCUGUCAGAAUCAGACACAAAAGUUUUUGUCAACAUCUGUCAGUCACCCUCAGUCCCACCUCCACCUGAACUUUCUAAGGAGGAGCUUGUGGAGCUUCUCCAGGCAGAAGAUCCCAGCAGUUACAGAGUUCCCAUGAGCCUCGGUGAACCACACACAGAAGUAGACAACAGCUCUCAGAAUUGCACUGCUUAUGAUGUGGUCAUCAACCAAGACUUCUUCCAGAAGUGCCAAAAGGAUCCCUUAUUCCAGCAGUUUGUAAUCCUGGUGUCCUUAGAGGGUUUAGAGAACAAAUACAAUCUGGAGCUCAGCAGAGCCUGGAAGGUGUUGAAGAACAGGAAGUUCUUGGGUUCUGUUAGCGAGCAGAACAUUCGGACAAAGAGCAGGCCAGUGAUUCAAGAGCUGCAGCCACGAGUGGAAUCCACAGUUACGCCUAAGAGACCAGAGUUUACUUUGCUUGUGGAGCCUCCUGCUGGUGACCCAGAGUACCUUGUUGCAGAAAUAAAGCUUCCUGGAGUGCCGUCCUCUCGUUCUCUGGUUCUGGACGUAGGGGAAGACCGGCUUGUGUUGACGGCUCGGCCUUCACUCUUCCAUCUUGACAUCUUCCACCCAUUCCUCAUUGAGCAGGAAAACAGCUUCGCACAGUACAAUACCAGCACACAGAUCCUCACAGUGAACAUGCCCGUGGUUUCACCAUAAAAUAACAAAUGUCUAUUAAUUUAUUAUUGUUUAAAACAAAUGCUGUACUAAUAAAGAUUUUGUAUUUUAUGAAGUUAAACCUCUUGUUUAAGUCAUAAAAAAAUCUUCUUGAAAA